UUCCGCCGUCGACGUCGGUAUGGCAACGCGUGCGUCGGGCGAUGCAAAAACAAACAUGAAUCGCCCACAAAGUAGUCGCGAUCAUCUAACACUGACGAUCGCGAUCGUUUUCACGUCGUUCGCGAGCGCGUUCAACGCGAACAAUGAGGUACUCGAGUACCGGGAGCCGAACUCGUGCAAAUACGACGAGUAUUUCGACACCGUGUCGUUAUCUUGCUCGCGUUGCGACGCCAGCGAGAAUCUCGUGCCGGCCGCAAAUCAUCUCGGAUGCGUGUGCGACGAAUUCAGUAAGAUGAUCGGUCUUGAAAACGGCAAUCCGCUUUGCGUGGCCUGCGAUUACGAUAUGACCGCGACCGCCGAUGGAAAGGAGUGCAUUCUGCGCGCAAAUUCAACGUGCAGAUGCUCCUCGGAUCAGAUACAAUUGGACAGAAAUAUAAACGGUGUUCCGUUGGACACUGUGCUUUGCGUGACAUGUGUGCAAGGCACGUAUCCGUCUUCCGAUUGUUCCAAGUGCUUGCCUUGCGACACCCGUCAGCACAACGGACACGUUAAUUGCGCGUGUCCGAGCGCGACGCACGUAAGAUUACAAAAUUAUUGUCUGCGCAAGGACGACGUCGCCGACUGGCCCGACAUCAGAGGCACGUACUUGAUGAAGUUCAAAAGUGAGAACGUAGACAGUUAUUACUUGAGGAGCGAAUUGCAAAUAGCGGUAUAUCUGUGCAAGAGGAAAGAUAGAACGGCGUGUGAACACUUGUCGAACGUAUGCGCCUUGACUCUCUACACCGACAGCGUAGCAUGCAUGUUUUUCAUGCACAUCCCCAGGGCGCCUGUAUGGUUGUUUUACAACAGACAGGACACCGUAGCGGUAAUGAAUAACACAAAAAUAUCGCAGAGAUACAGCCUCAGAAGAGAAGACAAUAGUAGCGUUCUCGACUUCGCGAUCGCGAGAUUUGCAUUGAACGGCGAAUUCUUAUCCGUUGACAGACCGGUUCUGCCGUGUCAACUUCUGAAGAACGUGAGGUUUGGUGUGAAUUUGAGCAAAAAGUGCAGAACCACGUCUGCCGAACUGUUGAACGCGCAAGUUCAACUGCUGUCUCCUUACUUGAUGUUCAAGAAAGACAACAAGUCCUUUAUACACGCGUUGCCUGUGAUCGUGAGAUCAACAAAUCACGAGAAUGUUGAGGAAAUCUCGCACCAGCAAUUGGUGCGAAAGUUCUUCCUGGUCGACAACAUCAGCGGCUUCAAGGCGUUGUCCACGAGCAGUGGAUUCACGAGGUCGUCGGAACUCUCUGUGCUUCGAUACAUGAGAUCUCUGACGGUCUUAGUGAACGUUCAGAAUGGAAAAGAUCACGGUAGAAUUUUUGCGCCUCUUCUGAUCGUGGAGUACGACGAGCUGACGCGACAAGAUUUGCACGAUACUUCCGACAUUGUGAUCGAUUACAAAGUUACGUUCACGUUGAAAGAUAACGAUAUAGACUACAACAUUGAGAUAAUUAUCGGAGUGCUGACGGGAAUGGCUCUGAUAAUUUCGGGCGUCAGAGCGUGGAAUUAUUACAAGCGUAAUCACAACGGCAAUCUGAGCAUCACAGUUUUGCUGUGGUUUUUGAUUUACGCGAUGGGCGCGGUUGGGAGUGUAAUUUCUUUCGUUUGCAUCGGCGUGUGCGUGUAUCUGUUUGCUUUUUACAAGGGCCAAACUGUGCCUUACGUUCUGCUGCCCGACGAGAACACUGAGAGGAACAUCCGAACGUACAUAAAUGUAGCGUUCGGCUUUAAAAUUGUAGAGAUGAUGGGAUUCGUCUGUCAGCAUUGGGGCUUGAACGUAUUUUUCAUCGAUUGGGAACAACCGAGAACUACACACAGUCAACCGAAGUACGACUCGCCGCACACUUCUCUGCGAAAAUUGUAUUCCAACAGGUUUUCGGACGAGAACAAAUCGUCGAGAAUAACGUCCGACGUGAUCGCGUCCAAACGGAAGAAACGAUUGCAUCGAACAAACAGGAACGCGAGCCCGAGCGAAGCGUCCAAGUCCUCGUUCGACAAAUACGUGCCGAAAUUUUCUUCCGUCUACUCGCUCGCAAGAUCUCCUCUACAGGAGACGAGCGAGCGAGUGCACAAUUUUCCAAUUAGCAUUUGGAGAACGUACUUUGUCGCGAACGAAUGGUGCAAGUUGCAAACCAGAAGGAGAAUAAACGUGGCGUUGCAAUCGAUUUACACUCUGUGCAUCUUGCAGAUAUUCGAUUUAGAGUCGUGGAUGUUGGCGGUGCCGAAAUCGAGCGGUGCAAGCAAAUUCACCGAAGAGAAGACAAGUUUCACAUUGCGAUACGCGAUUAGCACAUUCGUGUACGUGUCUGUGUAUUUCGCGCAGUGGUUGAUUCGCAUCACGUUUUACGAAAGAUAUGUUCGAAACAGACUGCAGAAGUUCGUGGAUCUGUGCUCGAUCGCGAACAUCAGCGUGUUCGUCUUGGCGCACGAUUAUUACGGGUUUUACAUUCACGGACGAUCAGUGCACGGAUUCGCGGACACCGAUCUUCUCACUUUGAUAAAUGAUCUGAAGAAAGAGGAGGACAACUUGUGCGCGCACAGAGGUCUCGUACCUGGCACGACCGAUCAGACUUUUAUAGUGUCGUUGACGCAGUCGUUCAAAUCACUUUACGACGAGCUUAUGAAACAAAAAGACCAAGGAAAUAUGAGUGUUUUGAAAGAAAGCGACGCGUCUUCCAUGAACUGGGAACAAUUGUCCGAAACCAGAUCGAAGAUGAAAUUGUUUCUAACUCAGUUUCUAGAUCAUUGCUCGAAAAACGAAGAUUACAUAAUCAAGGAGCAAAACCUGUUAGAGAAACUGUGCGAUGUAUUUCUCGUAGAUGCCAGAGAUAAAUCCAUUUUCUAUAUCGAUAACAAUUACUCCUUUAACAGAGUGGUACUCUAUGGAAAUGAAUGGUUGCUGGCAACAUUCGAAAUUACCGUGUUCGCGUUUUUCCUGGCGUUGUUCAAUUCCUACAGUCUCGCCUGUGUUGCAACAGUCCUGGUGUCGCAAUUGUUUGUGAUACUUAUCACAUGUAAUGUAAAGAGAAAUCUUUGCAACAAGUCAUUGUUAGAUAAGAGAUUUUUUAUGUAACCGUAAAAAUACAAAAUUGCACAAAUAUCAAUCGAAACUGACCUUCCUAUACCACAUUUUGCAAUAUUUAAUUUAUAACAAAGCUUUUAAUAAAUCAAUUUUAUAUACAUACACUA